AUUACAGCUUUGUGUGUCAGAAGGAGGGGGACGUGCCUGUACAUCACAGCUGUGAGCAGGAAUUUCCACCAGGCACAGUGGUUGGAUUUCACAGACCCUUUCUUCCUCCUCUUUGGCCAUUGCAAUAAGGGUGGGUGGGCUUGUCCCCUUCCCAUGCCCGGGCACAGUGUGUCAGGCUGGUGACAGAGGACCAGCAUGUGAUGAUAUUGCAGCAGCAGCAGCCUGGGCAGGAGGAGAGGAGGAAGACACACAUAUAGGAUGGGAGAAGGAAGAGCAGCUGCUGCUAAAUGACAGAGGGAAAGAGGAGCAGCCAGACGCACGGUGCACCCAGCCGCACAGACACAGGAACAAAAGCGAUGCACAGGGGGUGCCAGGCGGCAGAGCCACGCCAGGACCCUCUAUAUAACUGAGGAGCUGGAGCCCGGCAUCGCACCCCAGCAUGCCCGCCACCCUCCGCAGCCUGGCAUAGCGCACUCAGCAGCUCAUGGUGGUUCCCCCAGCGCCGGCAGCAUGGCCAGGAGGAAGAUCUCAUCCGAAUCCUUCAGCUCGCUGGGAUCUGACUAUCUUGAGACCAGUCCGGAGGAAGAGCCAGAAUGCCCCUUGGCAAGGAUGUGUUGGAACGGCAGCAGAAGCCCCUCGGGGUCGCAGGAGCAGCACCCACCGCCGGCUGUUGGCCCCAGAAGGGCGACCAGAAGGAGACGGGUGAAUCUGGACUCCCUGGGGGAGAGCAUCAGAAAACUGACUUCUCCCACGCCUCAGACUAUUCAGCAGACGUUACAGAGAACAUUGCAGUAUUAUGAGCAUCAAGUCAUUGGCUGUCGUGAUGCAGAGAAGAAUUUACACAAUGCUUCAGUGAAAUGUACCUACGCCGGUCUCUCUGGGAACGAAGACGAGGAGGAUGUCUCAGGGAUUCUGCAGUGUACGGCUAAUGUGCUCGGUCUGAAGUUUGAAGAAUUGCAAGAAAGGUUUGGUGAGGAGUUCUUCAGCAUCUGCUUCGAGGAGAAUGAAAGAGUUUUACGAGCUGUUGGCGGGACGCUACUUGACUUCUUCAAUGGGUUUGAUGCAUUGUUGGAGCACAUUAGGACUUCAAUUGGAAGACAAGUGACCCUUGAAUCCCCCUCUUUCCUAUGCAAAGAGCUUGCUGAUGGGACCCUUGUGCUCAGUUGUUUUCACCUUCAUCCCAUGGUAGGUUUUGCUAUGCUUGGCAUGAUAACGGCAGUGGGGAAGAAGAUCUACCAAUUAAAACUUGACGUGGAACAAAUAAACAACGUGACUGAGAAAUUGUUUCCUGAAAUUAUAAACCCAGGUAACUGUAAAUCUCUUAUCUUUAAAAUCAAGGAAUGUGAUAAUGCAAACAUCACAAAAUUACCUCCAAUAAGAUCGUCCCAGGUUCCAUCUGACUUGAGGAUCAGUAUCAGCACAUUCUGUCGAGCAUUCCCCUUCCAUCUGAUGUUUGACCCCAAUAUGCUGAUCUUGCAGCUCGGAGAAGGACUCCGGAAACUGAUAAAGUGUGAAAUCCACAAAACAUUGAAGUUUCAUGAUAGUUUUGAAAUAGUUUCACCGAAAAUCAUCUGUACUUUUGAACAAGUCCUGUUGAGACUGUCAACUCCCUUUGUCAUACGGAAUUCCCUAGAUACGGCUGGCCUUGAGAAUAAAGACAAGGUGAUGGAGGUAAAAGGACAAAUGAUCCACGUCCCUGAGUCCAAUUCUAUCCUGUUUUUGGGUUCUCCUUGUGUUGACAAACUGGAUGAACUGAUGGGACGAGGCUUGCAUCUUUCUGACAUACCUAUCCACGAUGCCACCCGUGAUGUCAUAUUAGUUGGUGAACAAGCCAAGGCUCAAGACGGACUGAAAAAACGCAUGGAUAAAUUGAAAGAUACUUUAGAAAAGACCCACCAGGCUUUGGAGGAGGAGAAGAAGAAAACAGUAGACCUUCUCUGUUCGAUAUUUCCAGGAGACGUAGCUCAGCAGCUUUGGGAAGGGAAGACUGUGGAAGCCAGGAAGUUUGACGAAGUCACAAUGCUCUUCUCGGACAUUGUUGGGUUCACCGCGGUCUGUGCUCAGUGCACGCCCAUGCAAGUGAUUAGCAUGCUGAACGAACUGUACACUCGAUUUGAUUAUCAAUGCGGCUUUCUGGAUAUAUAUAAGGUGGAAACUAUCGGUGAUGCUUACUGUGUGGCAGCUGGGCUGCACAGGAAAAGUAAAAGUCAUGCCAAGCCAAUCGCACUAAUGGCUUUGAAGAUGAUGGAACUUUCUGAAGAAGUUCUCACACCUGAUGGGAGACCUAUUAAGAUGAGAAUAGGCAUUCAUUCCGGCUCAGUGUUUGCUGGGGUUGUUGGUGUGAGAAUGCCUCGGUAUUGUCUGUUUGGAAACAACGUCACAUUGGCUAGCAAGUUUGAAUCAGGGAGUCACCCUCGACGCAUUAAUGUCAGUCCAACAACAUACCAGCUUUUAAAAGGGGAAGAAUCUUUUCAAUUCGUUCCCCGGUCACGUGAGGAGCUUCCAGAAAACUUUCCAAAGGAAAUCUCCGGGAUCUGCUAUUUCUUGGAGGUGACAAGUGGUCAGAAACAGCCAAAGCACUCCAUAACAUCUGUGAGAAUGAGAAAGGUUUCCUACAACAUUGGCACUAUGUACCUGAGGGAGACGAGCGUAUGAAAUCUUCAACAGAUCAAAGACUCUUGAAAAAAAAAAAAAAGCACAAACCCUUAACUGGGUCAAGACAGGAGUAUAGCGCAUCCUUCUGUGCCAUUAAACUGCAAAGAACUCAGCGCUGAGAACUCUGCAUUAAGCCAGGCAAUAAUUCUUUAUUUUGGUGGUGAGUGACAUGUGUCCGGAAUCAAGCUGGUGAUACACGGAGGGUAGAACACAGAUGUUCCGUUCCUCUGUGUUUCCAUUUGAACAAUGAUCCAUCUCACCCCAAAAUAUCCAAUCUAGGAGUCCACAAAAUGUUUCACAAUAUUCAUACUUAUAAUAAGAGACUAUUUUAGGUUAUAUUUUGUCACAGUGUUUGUACACCUGAUUUUUAACCAUCUGCUUGUGAACACCUUGAACAUUCACCAUGUGAAUGACAGCUCCGUACCCAACCAGGAUUUCAUAGCCAAACUCCACAGUGUCGUGCAAUUGUUAGUUAAGUGACCCGUAAUGAUAUAAAACUCAUUUCAAUUUGGAAUAUUACCAUGGCCAAUAUAAUUGUAACACAGAAUCAUCAUAAGUUAUGAUCUCAUAGUUUUGUGCAAUACGCAGCUGUCAUACCACAUUGGUAGGCGACUAUUUUCAAUGUAGUGUUACGAAUUUCGGUUUCUGGUUGUUGUUUUUUUAGUUUCGUUUUACCUGUAUAAGCAGGAUUUUUAAUCAGCAUGUGUAUAAAAAUAAUAUAUAUUUUAAUUAUGUCUAGUUGCGUAAAACUUAAUAUGCAGCAUCACAUGAGUGUAUUACGGUAAGAAUAUAACUGACCACCAUUAGCAUCUGAAUGUAAUUUAUAAAUGCUGUUAUAUUGUAAACAGGAAAGCAUUUUUUCUGACCAUUUCUAUUGAAAUAUUUAACCGUUCAUCAGUUUCUUCACUGUAUAUAAUGAUAGGAACAAACAUUUUUUAAAAAUUCAGCGAAACGCGUGACUUCCUGUAUAUCAUUGCAUUAAAAUAGUUGUCAGUGUAACAAAUGGCAUUAAUACGUAUACCAAGUAUUACUCUAUCCUAACUAACAGCCAUGCUUACACAACAAAAUUUAGGCACUUACAAAAAUGCACUGUAUGGACACUUAAAUUUACAAUAAUUUUAUAAAGAAAUAUAUUAAUGCAUAUAAAAAAAAAUCAGCCAUUGUUUUUGUAAUGUUUGAUAAUUUAAUUCCUGAACAUUUAGUAAAAAGGUAAUUGUAAUAAUUUACCAAACUAAGGGCCUAAUUCAGACCUGAUCGCAGCAGCAAAUUUGUUAGCUAAUGGGCAAAACCAUGUGCACUGCAGGGGGCAGGGCAGAUGUAACAUGUGCAGAGAGAGUUAGACUUGGGUGCUUUUGUGCAGGGUAAAUACGGGCAGCUUUAUUUUUACACUGCAAUUUAGAUUUAAUCUAACUCUCUCUGCACAUGUUAUAUCUGCCGCCCCCCCUUCCCCCCGCAGUUCACAUGGUUUUGCCCAUCUGCUAACAAAUUUGCUGCUAUGAUCAGAACUGAAUUAGGGCCUAAGGGGGUAAUUCUGAGUUGAUCGCAGCAGGAACUUUGUUAGUAGUUGGGCAAAACCAUGUGCACUGCAGGGGAGGCAGAUAUAACAUGUGCAGAGAGAGUUAGAUUUGGGUGGGUUAUUUUGUUUCUGUGCAGGGUAAAUACUGGCUGCUUUUUUUUACACUGCAAUUUAUAUUGCAGAUUGAACACACCACACCCAAAUCUAACUCUCUCUGCACAUGUUAUAUCUGCCUCCCCUGCAGUGCACAUGGUUUUGCCCAACUGCUAACAAAGUUCCUGCUGCGAUCAACUCAGAAUUACCCCCUAAGUACUGUGAUGUUUUUUUUUUACUUUGUCCUAACAUUUCAUCUUAAGACACACUUUGAAAGAUGUUCUCCCUUUUUCAGGUCAAGCAGUACUAAAUUUAUUUUUUACCUAUUUCUAAGCAUUUUGAUGCUUCUGAGACCUGUAGAAAGGAGAACAUCUCUUCAGAAGUUGGUCUUGAAAUAUUAAUUGUUAUUCUGAAUAUAAAAUCAUCAAAUAUUACAGUAGUCAACUUUGAAAAUUCACAACUGAAGUUCUUUUUUCCGCCAGAAUGAAUAACUAGUAGAAAAAAAAAAUGUAAUAAUCAUUUUCUUCCUUUUUUUAUAUAAUGGAGGCGGGUGAGACUAUAACACACAACCAAAACUAAUAGCAGGCAUUUUGAGGAAAAUGUUGAUGUUUCGUUGAUUUAGCUAUGAGGUUUAAAGCAGCAAUUGUAUUGAAGGUAUGCGGUUAGCAUCCCAGUAGUUGGGAUGCCAGUGGUCAUGUGACUGACACCGGAAUCCCGACACCACGUGGAAUCCCAACGCGUGGAACACCAACCGCAGAUUGGGGUGAGUGUUAGGGUUGGGGGGGGGGGUUAGUGUUAGGCACUAGAGGUAGGGUGGUUAGCAACAGCGGCCACCCCCCAAGUCUUAGCCCUAGCAGCCACCCCCCAAAUCUUAGCCCAACCCACCACCCCAGGCGGGUUAGAGAUAGGGGACAGGUAAAAUAAUUACCCCAUUUCCUGUUGGCAUUGAAGGGAUGCCUGUGUCGGUCAUGUGACUGCUAGCAUCCCGACAGCCGGGAUCCCAUACCCAAUGAAGGUGCUGCCUUUAAAACGGGUGUAGUAUGGUAUGCCGGCUGUCAGGGUCCCGGCUCACAGCAUACCGGAGUUGGAAUCCCGACCGCCGGCAUACCGACAGCAUGGCGAGCGCAAAUGAUCCCCUUGCUCGCUGCGCUCGCCAUGCUGCGCUUACCACAUUGCGGGCACAGUGGCGCGCUAUGCGCGCCACGCUAUCUAUUCUCCCUACAGGGGGUCGUGGACCCCCAAGAGGGAGAAACGGUGUCGGUAUGCCGACUGUCAGGAUUCCGGUGUUGGUAUACUGUGCGCCGGGACCCUGACAGCCGGCAAACUAAAGACCAAAAACAAAACAAUUGCUGGUUUAAAUAGUUCAACUAAAUCACAGAUACAGCUGCACGUUUUUUCUACCUGCUGCAGGCAAUUACAUUGGGUGUAUAGAGGGAUGCAUGAAAAUAUUAACACAAUUAACUACUUUCACUACUAAUCACAGUUAUUGAAUUAUUGGGAAAUAGUUAUCUGGCUUCAAAAACUAACCCUUAGAAGAUAAUUUGGGAUUUGUGCUCUUCCUUUCACUUUAGGUGGCAGUUUAUUUACUUAUUGGACACAGGUAUCAAUGUUGCUGCCCCUGUCUAUGGAAAGCUUUUAUGAAAUCUAUAGAGUAGAAAUAUUUGCACAGUAUAAUCACUGUCAUUUAUAGCAGGAAGUGCGAAGCAAAAAUUCAAAGAGACAAUCUUUAAGAUUGAGGGGAGACACUGCGGACCUGAUACAUGUUUGUAACUAAAGCAAAAAAAGCAAGUAACUUUGUGUCGGGAACAAACUAUGUUACCAUGCAAGGGGAGCAAAUACAUUUAUAUUUUUUCUGUGCAGGGUAAAUACUGUCUGCUUUUCUAUGUAACAUAUAAUAAUAAUAAUAAUAAUAAUAAUAAUACUUUAAUUUAUAUAGCACUCUUUCUCUAAUAGGACGCAAGGCACUUAACAGAUACAUAGCAUAAUAUAGUACAGAAAAUAUUAAUAAUGAAGUACAGAACAGCUUUUCAUAAAAUACAGAAGCAUGUAGAUACUAAAGGGACAUUAUGGAAAUGCUUGAGUAAAAAGGAAAGUCUUGAGUCUACUUUUGAAGGAUUCUAUAGUUGGGGCCUCUGUGGGGAAGUGAGUUCAACAGAGUCAGAGCCGCAUGACUAAAAGCUUGACCCCCAGAUGGAUUACGGGAGAUUCUAGGUACUGCUAAAAGUCCUUCAUCUACAGAUCGCAGUAAUCAAGUGGGGCAGUAUGGGGUCAGAAGCUGUUUCAGGUACCUUGGGCCCUGGUCAUGUAGUGCUUUGAAACUCAGUACAUAAAAUUUAAACUUUAUUUUUACACUUCAAUUUAUAUUUCCGUUUGAACACACCCCACCCAAAUCUAACUCUGUCUGCUAGAGGCGUUUCUAGAGAGGAGAGGACCCGUGUACAGAUUCCGUGUGUGGGUCCCCUCCUCUCCUGUAGCUGUCACCGCCACUGUUACUGCUCUCAGCACUGAGACUCUGGCACAGUGCCAGAGUCUACAGCGCAUGCACUGGGCUCUGAAAAAAUAGCCGCCGUGCCAUUGUUACGAAGUCCUGCGCAUAUGAUGUAGAGUCUGGCACUGUGCCAGAGUCUCUAGUGCUCAUUGCGCUAGUAGCGGUGGUGACGGCUACGGGAGAGGAGGGGGCCCACACACAGUCACCGAUGGAUGCAGAAAAGGUGAGUAUAGAAGAAAUGGGUGCGGUGUGGGCCCCCUCUGGGCCCAUUAUAGAUGUGCCACUGUUCUCUGCACAUGUUACACCUGCCCCACCUGCAGAGCAGCAAGGUUUUGCCCAGUUGCUUGCUUUUUUGCUUUACUUACAAACAUGAAUCUUGCCCUCUUAGCAGUGUAGGGCCGUAGAGAACAGCAUUGGGCCUAGGCACUGCUGGAAGGGGCAAGUCCUAAACAGGGGGGCAUGCCCAUGUCCCCAACAAGGACUUGCGUGCUCCACCUGGGGUGCCAUUCAGAUCCAGGAGUAGGGGGGGUUGUGAGGGAGCACUGCAAUCUUACCAUGCUUGCUCCUCAGCCGGCAACAUGUUCCCAGUGAUUAUUGGGAAGAUGUUGCCUGUUCACUAAAGAGCCUUUGCUCUUUAGUGUUUGCCAGAGUCUUUGCUUUUAAUGUGUGGCACCAUCUUCUUGAAGAUGUCACUGGGAAGAUGGUGCCGGCCAAGGAGGAUGGACCUGCUUCUCAGAUAUAGGUCAGUAUACUUGAGGGGGAAGCAGCAGACCCAGGCCCCUCCAGCAAGCCCGGGCUGAGGUAAUUAGUACCCGCUCCCCCCCCCCCCCCUCCCUCUGGGCGCAGUGUGACACUGUGCAUAGCUUUGGCUACCUUGGAUGGUUCGGGUUUGUGCAAGUCAUGCUAAUGUAUUUCCUGUCCUCCUAUUGACUUGCUUUCUUCGCAGUCAUGGUCAUAAUAUGGGCUUAUAAACUUGGGGCCUGAUUCUGUGUCUCAUGCAAUUUUAAAUGCAACAGUAUCAAAGGUUUUUUUUUUGCCUACUUCUCAUGCAUCACGGGCAACAUACAUCUCUGGGUGGCAACUGGGCAGCAAAAAUGUCAACACAUGCAAGAGAACCAUAUCUUGGGUGUGUCUUAAGUGUGUAGCUAGAGUUGUGUGUAAACACUGUAGAUGCCAAAUUAAUUUGUAUCUCUUGGGGUAGGUUUAAGUGCCAAUGAUAAUGAUGACAGCUUCUCUCACCUAUGGAGAGAGUGGACAGGCUAUUGCAUAGGUACGUACGCUUUAGAAUGUGCAUAUAGAAGCCUUCACUUUCAGUUUGCUUUGUUUUGCAUGGUGGGCAUCCAGAGUUGCAUUUGCAUUAUGUAUGACUGAGAAUAAUACUCGGUUUGUCAUGCAUGUCAUGUAUGUUUCAGCUAUGUUAGGAAGCUUUAACGGUUGGCCUACCUUUUAGAACUCCCCUCAGGGUAAUCCCAAAGGAGAAGUCAAAAGGAAAUGUGAAAGGAGUGUGAUGGCCCAAAUUUAUCCUUGCCCUUGACAGAAUUCAUCACAAAGUGGGGGUUGUGAGUUUAUGGUAAUGCCCCAAGAGUAGGGAGAACUAGCCAGGUGGCUGACUGUUCCUUUGCCGAAAUUCUGGAGUCUCCGGGAGAGUAGGCAAGUAAGGUCUGACCUAUAUGACCCUAUUACUUGUGUUUAAGUGGAAGGUUUGCAUUGUGAACAAAUCUUAUACAUGUAGCACACAUAUUUCUAAGUGCGUUCAUUCUGGUGCGUUUCAUUGAAGAGCUACAUGUUUUUAUACACUGACAGUUACAGUGAUCACUUUAGUUGGGUGAGGAAUGUACGGUAGUCCAGGAGAAAAUAAUCUAUGUUGCAGUUGAAUAGUAAAGAAGGAAAAGCAGGAAGCUAGAAAGCCGAUAGGUGAUGUGCUGCUGAUGAUGUUAGUUAAUAAUAGUUUGUGAAAAGUUACAAUUUCCCAAAUAUUUAAAUAGAAGCCAUAUUGAAUAUGUGUUAAGUGUAUAAGUGAUUUCUACACUUCACAAAUUCAUUCAAACUCCUUCUUCCCCAAUUUUGUUUAAAAAUAGAAUCUGAAAUACAGUAUGACACAACUUUCUCAAGAAAGCAGAGAUGCCAUAUUUACAUAGUGGGAUUAAUUGAACCAAGUAGUUUAGUCUGGAUUUAUAGCCACAUGCAGAACGCAAACUCUGCUGUUAACAUACUAUCCAUUACAUUUAAAUCUUUGUGGGUAGGAUCUUCGAUUUGCUUUCAAAAACGUAUCUUACCCUAUUCUAGAUUCUUCACAGCAGUUCUAGGUAUGUGCGGGUCUGUGUAUACGGGUCUGUGUAUACACGCAACAGUAAUUAUUCUUCAUGAUUGAAAUGUUAGGAGAUAUAAUAUCACAAAGCACCAUUUAUACUAUGCUAACAUUAUGUUAUCUAAAUGAGUUUGUGUGUAUAUUAAUAAUACUUGUGAAUUGCUUGUAUCCCCUGCCUUUUAUAAACUGUGUUUAUGCCAUAGCCAGUACCAAACACAAGAUAACUAGUGGUAAUUUCUAUGACAACAUCAAUUAGAAUUUAAACCAGCAAGCCUACACUAAAGUGGAGACCCUGGAAACUACAACCAUUAUGUCGACUGCUUCAAUGUGCCGCCUAUCCUCUACAGGGGCGUAGUGGAGGCAUGGUUAACAAAGUUAUUUUAAUAAUAGUUGCGUGGCUGUGCGCUCCACAAGGGGGGGUGAAAUAUUAACA